GUGGCAAGGAACUCUCCCGUGGCAAAAGGCGGUGGCCAACGCCUUUUAUUCCACCUUUCUGGCCGCGGUAGAAAUGCCCCACGCUCUUGCAUCGACUCUUCCACACUCCUCCACAUCGCUGUAACUGCUCCCGGUUCUCGGUAGAGCCCACACGACCCUGCAUACUUCAUUUUUACGUCAAAGAUCUACACCGAGAUGGCUGAGACCGAGAUCCCAUCUAUGGCUGCAUUCGACGACGCCCCCGAUGGCUCGUCCGAGGAUGCAUCCUAUGAACUCAACAUUACCCAGAGUUGGCGCGGACGAGAUUAUCAGGGCGGCUUAAUGCCCCUCCACUGGGCCAUCACCGUCAAGACCGCCAGUAUCGACGGCAAACCCGUGGGGAAUGUCUACAACGCUGCUGGCAAUAUAGACUCCUUCAUGUACGACGCGCCCGUCAACGUUCUUCUACAGGAUGCGAACUGGCGCGGCAAUCUCAAGAUCUGUAGCAUCCCCCAGACCUACCUCCCUGAAUUGACACGGCUCUUCUCUGAAGUUCCUGUCGAGAGGUACAACCCUGACUGGAACUGUCAGAACUGGGUCUGGGGCGCUGUCCAUGCUCUUCGUGAGUCGGGUCACGAGGCCCUCAAGGGGUUUUCAAUGCGCGAUCUCCGUUCCAAGAUGCUCGAACUGCUGGACAGCUGGGAAGCAGGCGACAUCUAA